GUCUCAAAGGGCUGCACAAGCCACAACGACAUCCUCGGUACAGAGCCCACAUACGGGCAAGGAAAAACUCACCCCAGUGGGACGUCGAUGACAGAGUCUGGUGUGAAUGAACUUGACUGGCCUGCACAGAGUCCUGACCUGAACCCGACAGAACACCUUUGGGAUGAAUUAGGACGGAGAGAGGCUGAGAGGACUCUGUUGUCCUCUGUGUUUUUUAUAAAUGUUGAUGUCUAUUUUACUGUUUUAAUUGGUUUUACCCUUUAAAAUCGUUUUUAAUCAUAUUUAUUUUUUAUAUUGUUUCUGUAUUGGUUUUCUAUUCAUUUAUUCUUUGUUUUUAUUCAGUCAUUGGUGUAGCAUAAUAUUGUUUUUAAUAUCGUUUUUAAUAUUGUUUUUAAUUUUGUUUUUAAUAUUGUUUUUAACAUGGCUGUGCAGAACUUUGGAAACAUUCUUGUUGUGUAAAUGUGCUAUAUAAAUAAAGUGGAUUGGAUUGGAUUGGAUUGGAUUGAGAGCCAGGCCUUCUCCACCAACAUCAGUGUGUGACCUCACCAAUGCGCUUUUGGAAAGAUGGUGGAAAAUUGCUAGAAACACACUCCGCAACCUUGUGGACAGCCUUCCCAGAAGAGUUGAAGCUGUAAUAGCUGCAAAAGGUGGACCCACAUCAUAUUGAACCCUAUGGGUUAGGAAUGAUGGCACUUUGAGUUCAUAUGUGAGUCAAGGCAGGUACUUUUGGCAAUAUAGUGUAUAUUACUUAUUCAUUUACUUAUUUAUGCAUUUAUUCAUUUUAUUAUGUUUUGUUCUGUCUUUAAACAUGGAAAAAAAAAGUUUUAGAGCCAAAUAGUCACGUAAAAAGUCAACACCGGCUGCGUAUUUAUUUCCUAUCGGAUCGAUUUAAAAAAAAAAUGCAGUAUUGUCCUAUCCCUAUUUUAUGGCAGUCUAAACUCGGAGUUACGUUUCGAUAAUUACCCGAUUUUAAUUUCCUACCAAACCACGCCGUUCUGAAUCACCUUUUAAGAUGUAAAUAUGUUUAAUACCAAUGGCGUAUUUGUUUUAAAUGUUUAAGUUUGUUUCUCAAGAGUCAUUACCAAAUACACUUCCGUGUGUCACAAAAUAAUCAGUCCCCCCACCCCCAAAAAAUGACAACAACACGGUAGGAACAGAAAGACGAGACAGUCGCUGGGGCGGAGCACCGAUGUCUGUGAGAACAACAAGGAAAACAGGAAAUCAUUUUCAAUUCCUUGCUAUUUGUUGACAGAAAAAAAAAAUGAUGAAGUCUUUCUUACUCGCCGCAGCUUUUCUGCCAGCUCAGCCCACAUAGUGACCCCCCCAACCCGUCACAGGAGCCUCCAUGGCGGGGCUGUCUCACUUGGUGCUCCGCUUCUCGGGGACUGCGGGUCGCAGCUACGGGGUGUUUUCUAAAGGCUUGACCAGGACGCUGAUGAUCUUCUUCCACCUGGCCUGGAGACUGAGAAUUAGGUUCCCUUACAUCUACCUGGUCGCCUCCAUGAUGUUCAACGUCAGACUGCAGGUACACAUUGAGAUCCACUGAGGGGCUCGAUGACUUCGCCCAGACUGAACGCCAAGCGUCAUCUCUUCCGUCUCGAUGAGGAUGAUGACUGCGCUCGCACUGCCAGCCAGGUGACGAAGGCACCUCAGACCUUUUACUCGGGCCUUCAGGCCAAAAGUCCAGUGCCUUUUGCAGGGGGGAGGAAGGCAGCGUCGGGCCGGCGUGAGAGGGGGGUGGGGGGGGGGGGGAAUGGUAAUGUUGAAGAUUCAGGAGCUGCUCAAGUUUUUUGCCCCCCAGCAUGACACACUGCCUUUUGUCCAUAACAUGUAUAUGUCCUGCAGUCAAAUAUCGAUGGACUCUCUCAGUACAACGCCAUAAAUGCAAUGUCUGCACAAGCAUGACUUAUUUUAUUUGUAUUUUUUACUUGAAUUGAGGUAUGUAGCUGUAGAGGCAAGUACAUCGGCUACCUCGCCCCCGAGCGCCCCCUACUGGAAGCUUUCGGUGAAGGAAAGGCAGCAUGUUGUGGUCACACUCGCUGUUGUUCUCCAUGUCAUCUGUACUGGAAAUUGGCAUUCACAAACAUAAUAACGUGCGUUUUUUUUGGUCGUUAAGUGUUAUUUCUGUGAGUGUUUGUAAGGAUGAGGUGGAAAAAAUGAAGAAUGAAUUUGUA